AUGGCUUCGAUCACAGCCGCGAGGCUUUAUCUUGAGGAUCUUGUCACUUCUAAGGAAAAGAUCCAAUUAAUCACUUUCGGUCAACCUCGUACAUGGGAUUAUGAUGCGGCUGAAGCACUCAAGAGAUCGGUUCCCUAUAAAUGGAGAUGGAUUUAUGCAUGUGCCGGAACGGGGAUCGGCUUGAAUUUUCUGCUUCUAUAUUUGAUUUUCACUGAUUCGAAUCAUGGCAGAGAUGGAUAUCGUCGCAUGUUGGCCAUCGUCAGUUGUUACAAUAUUUACUACGCUGUUGUGCAUUGCGUGAUGGAAGUGGGAAUCCUCAUCGAUUCAAGUGGAUUUCUCGCCUUCAGUUAUUCUUGUGCCCGUUUCGGCUACUGGGUCUCGUUUUUUGCCAUCCAGCUCUACAAUGUUUUCUUCACAACAUUAACAAUGAGGCCAAGCCCUGAAAGAGAUGAAAUCAGUCGAGUGGCAUUGUUGCAACGCUACAAUUUGAGCAUCGACCAAUUGGGAUAUUUGGGGCCAGUGUACAAGCUAACUAAUACAAGUGGCUCUUGGGUGUAUGUCUGGCCGAGUAUCAUCAGCACAAUGAGUACGGUGACUCUACAAGUGAUCGUCUAUUGCGCAACUUGUGUAUGCGGGGUUCAGCUAUACAUUUUUGUGCGAAAAGCCCUUGUCAGCAAUCGAUCAAAAUCGAUGAACAUGCAACUUUUGCGUUUAUUGAUGAUACAGGCAAUCACUCCACUCAUUUUUGAGUAUAUCCCAUUUUUCGCUACAUUGUUCGGUGGAUUCAUUGGU